CAACUGCCUUGCAAUAGUGGGGAAUGCGCAUGCGCUUGAGCACAGAAAAAUUAUGUCAGCGGGAAACGCCGACUUGCUCCGCUGAAACUCGCAAAGCAACUUUUCUAUAGUGCAUACUCCAGCAUUAACUUUCAUAUCGAAAGUCAAAAAGGUCGAACGAUGUCCGCCACACUUAAUGUUGCUCGCUACAGCGCCCUCCUUUCAGGUGUUUUCUAUGGCAUUUACCACCGUCGGUCACUGCAGCAAGCCCACGACCAAGAGAAGGAACACCACGCAAUACACCAACGUGAACAGUUGAUUGCACAGGCAAAGGAUGCAUGGAGACACAAGCAGGAGGGUGCAAAGGGGUCGGAUGGUAUCAUCACAAACCCAGAAGACCCACGAUUCGACCUCGAGAAGCUCGUUGCCAAAUGGGAGAAAGAGCUAUAAUGGUCGUGUUGCCUUGCUUUCCUCUGUCAACUAUACCUAUAGAUCACUGCCAUUCUCAAUUUCACUCUUGUGGUAGACGUAAAUGAGUCAUCAUCCGAAGGGUUCCGAACUGCUCCAAUGAUUUUGUUCCUGCUGCGCGAAACGCGUUUAUCUUAGUCUCAUGAGUGAAUUUGAAUGAUAUGCAAAC